UUUCUGUGAGGGAAGGAAGGAAGACGGAGGCGGCGCCGCGGGAGCGGCGGCGUUUGGUGCCCGGUCCAAGAUGGCGGUGCAGGAAUCAGCUGCUCAGCUCUCAAUGACUUUGAAGGUGCAGGAGUACCCCACGCUCAAGGUACCCUAUGAAACACUGAAUAAACGGUUCCGAGCUGCACAGAAAAAUAUUGAUAGAGAGACCAGCCAUGUCACAAUGGUUGUAGCAGAGCUAGAGAAGACACUGAGCAGCUGUCCAGCUGUCGAUUCUGUGGUUAGUCUCCUUGAUGGAGUAGUUGAAAAGCUGAGCGUUCUGAAACGAAAGGCAGUGGAGUCUAUCCAGGCUGAAGAUGAGAGUGCAAAGCUAUGCAAACGCAGGAUUGAGCAUCUUAAAGAGCAUAGCAGUGAUCAGCCAGCUGCUGCAAAUAUGUGGAAGAAAAAACGCAUGGAUCGCAUGAUGGUGGAACAUCUCUUGCGAUGUGGCUACUACAAUACAGCUGUAAAACUAGCCAGGCAAAGUGGUAUUGAGGACUUGGUAAAUAUUGAGAUGUUUUUGACUGCCAAAGAAGUAGAGGAAUCCUUGGAAAGACAAGAAACAAUGACUUGUUUAGCUUGGUGUCAUGAUAACAAAUCUAGACUCAGAAAGAUGAAGAGCUGUCUGGAGUUCAGCCUAAGGAUUCAGGAGUUCAUUGAGCUAAUUCGACAGAACAAGAGGCUGGAUGCUGUGAGACAUGCAAGGAAACAUUUCAGCCAGGCUGAAGGAAGUCAACUGGACGAAGUGCGACAGGUGAUGGGAAUGCUGGCCUUCCCUUCUGAUACACAUAUCUCACCUUACAAGGAUCUUCUGGACCCUGCCCGAUGGAGGAUGCUAAUCCAGCAGUUUAGAUAUGAUAAUUACAGGCUGCAUCAGCUGGGGAACAACUCUGUCUUUACUAUAACAUUGCAGGCUGGGCUUUCAGCUAUAAAAACACCACAAUGUUAUAAAGAGGAUGGCAGUUCAAAAAACCCUGACUGCCCUGUGUGUAGCAAAUCACUAAAUAAGCUGGCUCAACCUCUGCCUAUGGCACACUGUGCCAACUCCCGGCUAGUCUGCAAGAUUUCAGGAGAUGUGAUGAAUGAAAAUAAUCCUCCCAUGAUGCUUCCAAAUGGAUACGUGUAUGGAUACAAUUCUUUGCUUUCUGUUCGUCAAGAUGACAAAGUAAUUUGCCCAAGAACCAAAGAGGUCUUCAACUUCUCACAAGCUGAGAAGGUCUACAUUAUGUAAAUCCCUCGUACACACAACGAAGUGCCGCUGGAAUUUGACACAACAUAUUCUGGCAUAUGCCCUGUUGAGAGAUCUUAAAUGUGGCAAAGAGAACUGCCACUUGGGGUGGGGGGGGGGGAGGGGUCAGAUGUGUUGGUGGCAUUUUUUCUUGCGACCAAAGAUCAAUGUGCAACAAUAUACACUCUUAGAAAGUGAGGGAGCGUGUCUAAAAGGUUGUACUUGGAGGGAACAAAUUUUGAAUGUUUGGAUUUUGUAAUAGUAAUUGGACAUUUCUCUAAUACUCAUCCAGUAAAAGGAGUUUACUCAAAUGGACUGUUUCACUUGAGAAACAAGUUACAAUGGAUCUCAAAGGACCACUUCACACUUCCAGACCUGUUUUCAGCAUCAUCAAUGUGUAACCAUAUAUGGAACAGCAUAUUAUUUGAAGGGGCCAAAUAUGCAAAACUAAUACAUGCACCAUGGAGGUGGGGCCAGUCACAACUUUUGAAUAUCUGUCCACCCUGUGGUCUCAAGAGCAUGUGUUUGUGUGUGAGUGUGAGAGAGAGCAUACAUGUGCAUCUCCCCUUCAGAAGUGAUUGUUACCAUGAGACACAAACUGGAAACAAGUUCACUAUGUCAAAGUGUGAUGUGGGGCCUCACUGUGCUUCCUUUCUGUGUUAGCAAUUGGCUAAGACCCUUUUGUUUGGUAUCCUCUUACACUCUGCCUUUUAAAUGAUCCCAUGGGCCAUCAUAGCUCAUUCUAUGGAACAGAUGCUUGGCAACACUAACAGAAGACUGGUUUCACUGGAGGAAUUAGGAUUUCCUUUGAAAGGAAAUACAAGGGUUUAUUCUCUUCUCCAAAAAUCCUCUAACUCUUUAAGCAUCUUAUGAAGACUGCAGAAAUACAAAGAACUGGUAACGUUACAGGCAUAACACACUGCUUGUAUAUCCUUCUUCCAGUUGACCACAGUGUUAAGAUCUUUCAUUUAUUAGUUACUAUGUGCAUAGGAUUCAAUAUCAAACCAUUAGUGCUACUGCCUUAUUUCUUGCUUUUGAGAAUGUACUCACAUAAAAAUCAGCUGGUAACCUUAAGUGUUGGGCAAGUUUUGAAGAUGCCUUGCAAGAUAAUUAUGUAAUUUUAGGGUAUUCAUUACAGAGAUUAGUUCAAUUUUAACAGCUACAAAUCACAUCUUUAUCACUCUCCAAACAAAACCCAUCAUAGUUGAAACAAAACCAUAUGGUAGAAGUUUGUAUUUAGCAUUUAUUUUUGCAUGUUGAUGUUGAUUAGCUAAUAAAGACUGUAAACAAAA